AUGGUACGCCACGUCCUGGCUCGCCUCAAGGCCGCGGGCGGCGCAGCGGCGGCCGAGGCGGGCCAUGAGGACUCCCCACCACUGUCGCAGCCGACCCACGUCUACAGGGACGAGGUGCAAGGCAGCACAGGGGCCCGCAUUGAUGUGAGGGCCGCGACUCGCUAG